AUGGAACCGGUGAAUAAGAUGUUGCUCUGGUGCUUCCUGUCGUCAAUGACUAGUUUGACUCAUAGCCAUCACAUUACAACAACUUUAGACGAACAGAAAAAACUCCUCACACGUAUUUUCGAUGGUUAUGACAAAAGGCUCCGACCUGUGUUAAAACAAAGUUAUUCUGUUCAUGUGAAUAUGACAUUCGCAUUGAAUUCGAUAAACGAAUUUGACGAAAAGUCACAGAAACUCGCAGUAACAGGUGUGUUUGAUUUGCGGUGGACAGACGAAUCCCUAUUGUGGAACAAAUCUGAAUAUGGUAACGCGUUCCACGUACAUAUAGAUGGAAAUUCAAUAUGGCUCCCAAAUAUUGCCCUAAUGAACACCUUUGGGAAAAUAACUAUGCUUACUCACUCGGCUGGGACGGCCCUAGUUUACUUUGACGGGACGGUGAUGUGGUUCCCUGGGGACAGUUAUGUUGUUACAUGUGAAGUAGAUAUUACUUAUUAUCCUUUUGAUUCUCAGGAUUGCUAUUUCAGAUUCAAAAUAUGGGAUGGACCUGUUUCCGAAGUGGCGCUCAUCUCAAAUUUAGAUACAAUGAAUCUCAUAGACUUCCAGGAAAAUGUUGAAUGGGCUUUAAUAAAGACUGAAGCUAAAAGUUCGGGACUCGACUAUUCAUCAAUGCAAUCAUAUGUUGAUUAUAUGAUACGUCUAAAGCGGAGACCAAAAUUCGUCGUAUUGACAAUGUUAACUCCUGUUAUUCUACUGGCAUUUUUGAACAUCUGUGUGUUCCUGAUUCCCCUGUCUUCAGGAGAGAAGAACUCGUUCUGUGUGACAGUGUAUCUAUCGUAUGCUGUAUUUAUGGGAUUAAUCGCUUCAGAACUGCCACAUAACUCCCAACACGUGUCCUACCUGACCAUGUAUCUACUCGCGCUGCUGGUGUUCAGUGUGGUUAUAGUCCUGAUAACAGUCAUACAAGUUCGCCUGUUCAUCGAGUAUGGCGAAACUCCGGCACCGGCAUCGAUUUCCAACAUGCUGGGUUUUAAAAACACGUCCCAAGUAAAUCCUUUGGGCAGUAAUGAUGUAGUUGACUUCGAGGAUGACGUUUUAGAGAACAAAGAAGUCAAUCAAUCAAAGAGAAACCAAACGCGUGUUUGCUUGAAAGACGUACUGCCUAAACUCGACUGCCCAUUGUUUUGUUGUUUCCUUGUUGUCUUUAUCAUUAUGACAAUCGUUAUUGGCGUUGUGACCUAUUCCCAUUCCUUGUGA